AUGUCCGGAUUACGACUCCAUAGUCCGACAGCGAUCUCGCCCUCCAUUGCGGGAAACGCAUGGCCUAGUGUGCCUAGCGACCAGCAGUCUAAGGCCUCUGAACGGUCCGUGGGCACGAUCCAACGUGCUUCAAAGUAUAGAUCUUCUCCUGGCUCUGCACGCUCCCUAGGGUCGACUUCGUCUGCUCGCCUCCAGUUCAGAAACGAAAACCUGGUGGCAAGGCAUAAUGCUUCACACUCAUCAAUGAGGUGUUCUCCGGAUCCGACCACCUCCUCGUCAAUAAGACGACCAUCAAAGCAAGCUUCGCACAGGUCCAGCUGGGGAAAUGAUGUCCCACCACCACCGCCCCAUGAGCAGAGGGUCUCGAGUCAGCUGGUGGAAGCAGGACCAUUGGGAGACAUCGACACCAAUGUCGGCUGUGGCGAAAGUCUCUACAAUACGCUCGAAUCUGAUUCUGCGCGGGACGCCGACGAUAACACAAAUAGGGGCUUGUCAUUCGACGUCAGGAAGCAAGAAACGCUGUCUACCCCCAGAUUGCCCCGCAAUGCAAGCCGAGAGGAGACGGGCCCCAGAUCAUUCAAAAUAGCAACCGAGCAUCCCAUCAAAUAUGAGAAUCCCCUGAAGAGGCUGAUCGACACUCUACGUCCCCAAGGACCUAAGCGCAGACACUCACUUACUUUUCGCAAAGAGCGCUGGACAUUAGACGACUUUGAUGAGGAAAACCCUAUUGAAAGUGAUCUGCCGCGGAGCACACGGCUCAGUGGACACCAGAAAGCAUCUUCAUGGUCGUCUUCAGGCAUCCGAAAUGCUAUCAAAUCAGCCACCGUCAGACUGCAAUCCAAGAUGGACAGGCCACACACUCCCCUGAUCUCACGGUCUCAUCUCUUGAGAAGUGGCAGAGGCAGCAGAUUAACUAACACAGCUAGUAGAGCAUCUAUAGAUGGUGACCAAGUCGCCGCAAGGGCAGAGGAAAGAGCUGCCUGGGAUCGGGCAGUAAAGCGCCGCCGGAUAUUGGAGGAAUUGAUCAGCUCCGAGGAAAGCUACGUAGCGGAUCUUAAGGUCUUACUGCACGUCUAUUUCUUCAUGCUCAACUCCGCGCCAAAGGGCCCUCAAGCUGCGCAGCCAGAGAUCUCGCAGAACGUUGCAGAUAUGCUGCGCUUGCACGAGGAUAUUCUGCUUGAGAUGAAGACUCUGAUGCCGAAUUCCCACAUGCAAUCCGACGCUGCUGCUCAGCAGCGGUCAAAACAUCCACGCUGGUAUAGCGUUGAGAGCGCUGAAGAACCAUCGGGUGAAAGUCCCGUCAUAAAAGCUCGCACUGCAAAUCAUUCUUCCCAGUUCGGAAGCCACAGGGAUCGAACCCUGGUGACGAUGCCAGGAGAGGCUGCUGACGUUGCUAGAGUUUUUGAACGUAUGCUCAGGCGCUUCUUCUUAUACGAGGAGUAUGGCGCCAAAUACGAGUCCAUGCUACGGAACAUGGCGAUGCUUUCGAAGAUCAUACCAAAUUGGUCAACGUAUGAGCGAGGCAUCGAAGCCUUGAUCAAUUCACUCUUUCCGCAAAAUGGAGUUUUGGAGGGAAGUAAAAAAGGCCUGACCCAUGAAGACCUGUUGAUCAAGCCUAUACAACGAGUAUGCAGAUAUCCGCUCUUAUUCGCAGACCUCCACAACCAUACUCCUGUAAUCGAUGGUCAACAAUCUAGCGCAGAGAUCGAAAAGGUGUUGUUUCGGCUUCGUGAGACAGCCAAAGAGAUCAACAAGGCUACUAACGACCAGCAGACGCAGGUCAAAAUCCAGAGAUCAUGGCAUCUUCAAGAUCUUUUGGUAUUGCCAGAUACUUCUCCAUCGCCUACUUCGCUUCGAACCAUGGGUCAUUUCUCGCUUUGCGGAGUUCUUUACGGCGCGUAUCAGUCGAAUAGUGGAGACUUGCGCGGAGAGUACAUGCUCUGUGCAUUGUUUAAAUCUCAUCUGCUGCUUGCACUCCCCCAGAAGAGCUCGAACUUCAGUAUAGUCGCGAUCAUCAACACAAGCGAUAUACAGAUAGUUGACGUAGACAACGGCAGGGGGCUCCAGUGUCACACCGCCCCAUUUUCAUGGAAAAUGAUGUUCGAAUUCGACCAGCAGCUAUACGAGAUGAUCUUUUGCGGUUGCACUUCGCGAGAGGAACAGCAAUGGCGAAAUGAUCUCCAUGAGCGAUCUCGCGACAGUGAAAUGGAAUUAGAGAAAGGCUUGUUGCCAACCUCCGGGCCGGCUAUGCUGUCCCUCGACAUCAAGACUCUUGGCUUUGUCUUCGGCCAACCUGGGACUCUCACGCGUCGUCAGUCGAUUCAACGUGCGGCCACUGUCAAUUCACGCAGGAAUGGGCACCAGGUCAUCAUUAAGAACACCAAUUCUCUUAAAGAGAGUGGUGAACCUCCAGCGCCUGAAACCGAGUGUCUCAAUCGCUCUCAGUCUUUGCUCUCAACGCUCCGGAUCCCUGUUCUGGCCCCAAAGCGAGCUGAGCGACAACGUAUUGAGACUGCCAUGUCCGAUAUAUGGACACGGGAUCGCUUGCCAUUUCCUGGUAUGACUGGCAACAGAGGAUCAUAUUUAAUCCAAAGAUCGGCGACUUCGGUGAUGCGGAAAAUCAGCAAAGCAAGUAUGACGACGACUUCCACCAAGAGGACAGUAAGCACCUAUAUGAGCAUUACCGAGAAUGACUCCACUCCCUGCCCGGAAUUGGUCAACGAGAACCCAGACUCCGUGAACAUUGAAAUUCAGCGGAGAGUCAGCCACGCAAGCAUUUCGGACCCUGGUCUAGGGCCUGGCCAUAUCAAGUUUCAUCGUAUAACCCAGACAGAUGGUGCGUCCAGCCCACCACGCGAUCAGCAAACCCCCAUCCUCCCCUCACAGCUCGAAGAAUUGACCACGGCGAGGAUCGGAGCAUUUUCAACAGAAACCACAGUGGAGGAGGGGAAGCUAGCUCAGAGCCAGAAAGCACGCAAAAGUUGCAUGGGUUCUCCGGCAUCAAGAGGAGGUACAAGUCAGGGUUCUGUCGAGCUGGGACGUGGGAAGGGCAAAUUUCGUAAACCGCAGACGCUCCUCAAAGCCUUUUCAAGGGAAGGGAUCAAGAACUGGCUCAAUUGA